AUGCAUAUUCCAUUCAUAGGGCGGUUACAAUUGAUUGAAUGGUCGAUUUUAUUUUUAUCGUUGGGAUUAGUUUGGACAGAGUUUUCGUUAUCGAUUAUAACAUAUUUUUUGCCACAUUUUAUUAUCAAGUUUUUUGAUGAUUUGGUCAAGGUGAUAUAUGAAGAAUUGGAUAGUCGAUUGCAGGUUAAUUUAAAGGUGAAAGAGCUUGAGAGCGAUGAGAUUUCGUUAAUGAAGAGGAUAAAUGAAGCGAGUGAUUUUAUUCAAAUGUGCAAGAUAUUUGAUUAUGAAGCCGAAGAACAUUUAGUCAGGACAACAGAUGGAUAUAUUUUGACUAUUCAUCGAAUUAAGAAUGGCAAGAAUGGCAAUCGUAAGGAAAAUAAGCCAGUUGUUUAUUUACAUCAUGGAUUGUUAAUGAAUAGUGAGGUUUGGGUUACAAUGAUUGAUUGCAAGAAGAAUUUACCAUUUGUGUUGGCAGAUUUAGGGUAUGAUGUGUGGUUGGGGAAUAACAGAGGAAACAAGUAUUCUCGAAAGUUUUCAUCGAUUAAGGAUAAUAAGCACAGUUUUUGGGAUUUUUCAAUUGAUGAGUUUGCGUUAUAUGAUAUACCGGAUUCAUUGAAUUACAUAUUGGAAUUGACCAACGAGAAGAACUUGAGUUAUAUUGGAUUUAGUCAAGGAACAGCUCAGUCGUUUGCUACGUUAAGUUUGCAUCCCGAGUUGAAUAAAAAAAUCAAAAAGUUGAUAGCGUUAUCGCCAGCACUAACACCCAAGGGGUUGAAUCAUUAUUUUGUUGAUACGUUGAUGAAGUUAAGUCCUAACUUGAUGUAUUUAUUUUUUGGAAGGAGUGCAUUGUUACCAUCAGCGACGUUUUGGCAAUCGAUUAUGUUUCCACCAUUGUUUAACAAGCUUAUUGACAAUUCGAACGUGAUGUUGUUUAAUUGGUACGGGAAGAAUAUCAAGUAUGAGCAGAAAAUCGCGUCAUAUUCGCAUUUAUACUCGACAACGAGCGUUAAAGUGGUUGUGCAUUGGUUUCAAAUUAUGAGAAAUAAGAGCUUUCAGAUGUUUGACGAUUCGUACAGUUUUAAUUAUUUUUUGAAUUCGAAAAUCAUAAAGAAGCAGCACGACAGUUCAAUGAACGAUGAGUAUAGCAAGUUGAACUACAAGAUCCCCAGUUUUCCAACCAGAAACAUUCAAAUUCCCAUGCUAUUGAUCUAUGGAAGGAAUGAUUCAUUGGUUGACAUUGAUAUUAUUUUGAGGCAGUUGCCUGAUAAUAAAGAGAGGGAGCAAGUGAAGUCGAUUGGAAUCGACGAGUAUGAGCAUUUGGAGAUAAUAUGGGGAGAUGAAUAUCAAUCAAUAUCAAAUAAUAAUAAUAAUAACAAUAAUAAUAAUAAUAAUAAUAAUAAUAAUAAUAAUAAUAAUAAUAAUAAUAAUAAUAAUAAUUAUAAUUAUAAUAAUUUCAUCUUGUUUUAG